GUAAGAGCCGGAGAGUCCGCAGUGUUACACCACACAGAGAGAGAGACAGAGAGAGAGGAGAGGACUGCUGCUGCACAUACACCGAGCCGUCUUCACAGACGUUCACUUCUCCAGUCUUCACUGAGAAAAGACUCUCCACUCUUCACCGAGGAAAGACUCUCCACUCUUCACCGAGGAAAGACUCUCCAGCCCCGACCGGCGUGAUGUUUGAGUCCCAGCUGAUGAGGGGGCAGGCCGAUGUGGCUGUGCUCCAGCCUCUGGACUCUCCUGCGAGUCCAGAGGGAGGCGGAGGAGGGCCACUGUCCUUCACAGACGAAGCGGUGUCCAUCCUGACGUCCAGCAGCCUGUUGGCCCGCUCCCUGCUGGGCCGCAGCUCUGCUGCCAAACGCAAAGAGAGCCCGUCCUCCAGUGUGCGACGCAAGCGCGAGUUCAUCCCAGUCGACAAGAAGGACGACGGCUACUGGGACAAGAGGCGCAAGAACAACGAGGCGGCGAAACGCUCGCGGGAGAAACGGCGCGUUAACGACAUGGUCCUGGAGAGCCGCGUCCUGGCUCUGCUGGAGGAAAACGCUCGCCUGCGGGCAGAGUUGCUGGCUCUCAAGUUCCGCUUCGGCCUGGUCAAAGACCCGUCCAACGCCACGAUUCUGCCGAACACUGCGGCCCCUCCCCACGCUGCUCAGACCCUGUCUCCGCACUAUUAUCUGCACAGAGGGGACGGAGGCCUCAGCACUUCCUCCAGCUCACAUCCCAACAGCGCCAGGGUCUCCAGGGACGCCUGUAACAUGUCCGAGGACUCUGGGUUCUCCACGCCAGGCGGCUCCAGUGUGGGCAGUCCGAUUUUCUUUGAAGACCGGCUGAGCGACCACGAGAAGUUAUCGCCGCACAGGGCGGAGGAGCUGGGUUACGAACUCAAUCACUCACCUGCUGUCGACGUCCACCACGGCCCCACCGGAGGGAAGCUGGACCAUGCUGAGGCGAUGAAAAACCUUCCUCACAAGCUGCGCUUCAAGACGGCUGGCUGCGGGGACACGUUUGACGCUGCGGGGGACCACGUCAGUGCCAGACACAGCCCGGCGCUGUUCGCAGCAGGACAAGACGGGCUGAGAGACGCCCGUAAAGGACUGAGUGCUGGUGAAAGUGUCUCCUGGCUGCAGCAGCUGGAAGGAGAGGAACCUAGGAAGAGGACACAGUCCCCGCAAUGCAGCGGCUACGGCGUCCAGCAGCUGCCCGUGCACGGACAAACCGAGGUCCGGUACAAGCACGAGAACACGCACCUCAAGUGUCAGCUCAACUCUCUGAGCGAGGAGGUGGCUCAGCUCAAGAAACUUUUCACGGAGCAGCUGAUGGCCAAAGUCAACUGAGGAACAUUUCUCUCUGUGUGUUUGACAAUGUCCUGAUUUUUAAAGGACAAACAAUGUUGCUGGACCAUGCAGCGGCAACGCAUUCUCAUGAACUAGUUCAUACAAUAUUGUAUGAAAACUUAUACACAACAAUUCGUAUGAAAUUACGGCGACCGUCAAGUGUUGACAUGACAGUUAAGCGGUCUUUACAGUUACAUUUAUUCAGGGAAAGUUGACUGUGAGCUGGGUACAGAGUAGAGGGUGAUACGGGAAUCAAUUGUCGCUCCCAUCCCAAGCCCACGAAAAUACUCCCGUCAUAUCCCGAUCAAAAAAAAUCCUGUUCUGCAAAAUCCCGAGAGAAAGACUCCUGAAUCCUGUCCCGCUCCCAUUUCAUUCCCUAUGUUGUCUAAAGUUAUCAGACUCUGUUGUCCCCCUGUAGCAUGUUUGGUUAAACGCAUUCAAAUCACUGAGGUUGCCUCGGAAAUUUAGGCUACACUAUACAUGCAUUACCUGCAUGCCUAGGUAACAUGCAUUACCUACAGGUCUAGGUAACAUGCAUUACCUGCAGGCCUAUAGGUAACAUGCAU